ACAGCCGCAAACGGUAGAAACCAGCAAGAAGAACAACCCCGAAGAAGCGGAUAGAACUUUUUUUAAUCAUACGCCUACUUUUUCCACUGCUUGGUACGAGUUUCCUUUCGUUUGUGUUACCGAUUUGUGUUGCCGCUCGGUUUCCCGGUUUUCGGUCGGUUCGUUCUGCGAGACAUCCUCCCUUUGUCUGUCCAAGCAAUAGCAUCCGCGCAGGCCGUUUUUAUUUGGUGAAUUUACACGAGCUUACCAUUUGCAGCAAGCGCGUCCAUCGCCUUCCCUUCCGUUCUCGUUCCGCUAAGGGGGACGGCCGUCGUCCUGUUUUCGCUCGCUCUUCUACCUCGGGAUCGGCAGCGGCAGUGUUGUGUAGCCAAGAAGACGGCUUUAGGAAACCGGAUUCUGUGCACCAUAGAACGGCUUAACGGGAGUGAACAAAAAAAAAGUACAACACCGGAUGUGAUUAAUUUCGGUUUCGUUUUCGGAAGAAUGUUGCGCACAUAAAGUGUUCGGGGUCGGGGCGUCGUCGUUUUAGCUACAGUGAAUGCAAAUAUAUUACCGCUACCCCAAGCGUGCGUGUGUGUGUGUUUGUGAUUUUCAAUCGAAUUAAUCCUCCAAGCGAAUGCGAAUCAUCGGAUCAAGCAAUCCGCGAGUGUGAGAGAGCGAGAAAAACGACUCGCGGGGUGCAACCAUCAUCAAACCGCCGCCAGCCGCCGCAAGUGGUUUAUGGCUGUGUGCAUCCGCGCUGCACACUAGACCGUGCGCCUGUGCGUGUGUGUGUAUCGUUGCAUACAAACCCGCGCACUUGGCUACCUGUUCGAUCGCACUGCAGCGUAGGAAGCUGUGCCGGAACGGGAAAGGAGGAGGAAGCCGAGCAAAAAAACAACAACCACCUUCAUCUCGGAACACGUUACCCCCCUGUUCCACCUGCUAGCCAGUAGUGUGUGAAAGAAGAAGAAGAAGAAGAAGGAUGAGUGGUGCAUCCAAGUGUGCUUAGAGGAAAAAGGAUUUAGCCGCCAGCAAGCCCUUGAGCUGUGUUUGUAUGCGUGUGUGUCGCUGUGUGCUUUAUCCGACCGAACGAAACGCCAUCCCCCGGCACCAGCAUCCGUCCGUCCGCGUCCGUCCGUGCGCCCUUUUUGUCAAUUACCCAUACACCGCACCGCAAACAACCUUAGGCAGCAGCAGCAGGAACCCCCGGGAUACGGGACAAGAAAGUUGAUCUGUUUACACUUGCUCUUGCCAUCCGACGUCUUCGGGGACCGGAAAGGGCAAUACAAAAAAGCUAUCUUUCCCCAACACGGCCCCACCGCAGUACAACAAGAAGCAAAAAGCACGCGAGACACAAAGCAACGAUCGGGGCGGCCCUCAUCAACUCCUUAUCACAACGCCCACCCUCGCGCGCAGCACCCCGACCCCGCCCGACCGAGCUCCGAUGACGGCGACGAUGCUUGCCAGCGAUGCUUGAGCGCGUCCGGUUCGGUGGUUUCAGUGGCACGUACAAAGUAAGGGGCGCCGAGCUGGCUCGCGACAGGAAAACGCAAACGAAACCGGUGACCGUACUUUUCCUCGAUGAAAGUACGCACACGUUCCACCUGGACAAGCGCGCCAAGGGCGCCGAACUGCUCGACCAGGUCUUCCAGCACGUGGAGCUGUCCGAGCGGGACUACUUCGGGCUGCAGUUCCCCUCUCCCGAUGAUCUGCACGCGGUGGGCAAGGGUGCGGCGGCAGGUGGCGGGGGCGAUCCGGCCACUGCCGGUGGAUCGACCAGCAGCAGCAGCGGCUCGAGCAGCAGCACAACAGGACCGAAGGGAGGAGGAGGAGGCGGCGGUGUGGCGGACGGUGGUGGCGGUGGUAGUACCGUUGUCUCGCCGGGGCCGGGGGCACAGUUCCCGACCGGACGGCAGCCGGUCCGGUGGCUCGAUCCGAACAAACCGUUGCGCAAGCAGCUAAACGAUGCGCGCACCGGCCGGCAGCAUGCGGACGGGGGGCCGCUGGUGCCGCUGCUGCUGUUUCGCGUCAAGUUCUACGUCACCGAUCCGAGCCGGCUGCACGAGGAGUACACGCGGUACCAGUUCUAUCUGCAGAUACGGCGCGAUGUCUAUCAGGGCCGGCUGCCCGUCACACUCAACACUGCCUGCCUGCUAGCCAGCUUUACCGUGCAAGCUGAACUAGGCGAUUACAAUCCACUGGAGCAUACGGCCGGCUAUCUGAGCGAAUUGCAGCUACUGCCGGAGCAGACGGAGGAAGCGGAGCAUCGCAUUUCAGAGCUGCACAAACUGCAUCGCGGCCAGCUGCCGGCCGACGCCGAGUACAACUAUCUCGAGCACGCCAAACGGCUCGAGCUUUACGGGAUCGAUUUCCAUCGGGCAACGGACUCGUCUGGCAAGGAGCUAGCGCUCGGUGUGUCUUCGCUCGGCUUGCUGGUGUACCAAAACGGUACGCGCAUCAACACCUUCUCCUGGUCAAAGGUGGUAAAGGUGUCGUUCAAGCGCAAAGAUUUCUUCAUCCAGCUCGCACGCGAACCGUCCGAACACUACGACACACUGCUUGGCUUCAGCAUGGGCUCGCACCGUAACGCCAAGCUGCUGUGGAAGGCUUGCGUCGAGCAUCAUUCGUUUUUCCGACUGAAGAAACCACACCGUUCACCACGUUCCUUCCUGCCACUGACGCUGCGUUCGAAAUUCCACUAUUCCGGCCGCACCGAACUGCAAGCCGUAACGGAAAGCCGGCAGCGGGGCAAGGUGGCAAAAAUAUUCAUCCGUUCGCCCAGCCGGCGCCUGCUGGCCACCAUUUCGCAGCCCCAAUCGCCUCAGCUGAACGGCAAUGGGGCAAGCGGGGGUACGGCAGCGGACGGCAGCGCUACGGGCGGCUCGGGCAACGAGGCAAGCAACGGUGGAGCGACCAUCGGCUCGGCUGCUGGCAACAAAAACCAGCUCACAUUGCUGGCGAUCACAAAAGCGACGCGCACGUACGACAAGGUUACCUCCAAGACGCCCUCGUCGAUGCCACGCAAAGCCUGGGAGCAGCAGACGGACGAUCCUACCUUCAUCGAACACUGUGCCCGCACAUCCGUGCCCAUGUACGAUUCGCCUCCGGCCUACGCCGGUCUCAAUGGGAACAGUUCGGGCAAUGGAAUGGCAGCCGAUGACGAUAGUGCCGGCCUAGUGACGAUCCACCUGGUGGCCGACGAGCAGGGCCGGUUCGGGUUCAACGUCAAGGGCGGCAUCGAUCAUGGUCUGCCGAUACUGAUUUCACGCGUCGCACCGCACACACCGGCCGACAAGAGUACGCCGCGCGUCUGCGAAGGCGACCAGGUGGUGCGCAUUAAUGGGCGCGACGUGGGCACGAUGGCGUACGAGCAGGUGGUCAGUUUGAUCCGGGCCUCGCGCGAGUAUCAGGGCGGUGAGCUGCUGCUGACGCUGAAACCGAAUGCCUUAAUCGACUACCCGGAGGAGGAACCGCUGUACCAGUACGUGCCGGAGGAGAGCGACAUCGUGCGGGCGGGCCUGCUGAACGGUGACCAGCUGUUCACGCAAUCGCUGCUGCUGCUGCGCGAUGGGCUAGCUUCCGGUGCGCUGCUGGCACAGUACGAGCAGCUGUAUCGGAAAAAUCCCGAGCUCGCCAUUACGGAGGCACGCAAGACGGAAAACAUGGGCAAAAACCGAUACCGUGACAUAUCACCGUACGACUGUACGCGCGUCGUACUGCAGCACGCGGAAAAUGGCGACUACAUUAACGCGAACUACGUCAACAUGGAGAUACCGCCGGCCCGGAAAACGAACCGCUACAUCGCGACGCAAGGCCCACUCCCGACCACGGUGAACGACUUCUGGCGGAUGGUGCAGCAGGAGAGCAGCCACCUGGUCGUGAUGCUGACGACGGUGAAGGAGAGCGGCAGCACCAAGUGCCAUCAGUACUGGCCGUCGGCCGAGGACGAUCCGCUCGUACCGUCGCCCGGCUUCUCGAUCAGCUGCCUUACGGAGAAGCCGGACGAGACGGGCAGCUUCGUGUUUCGCGAUCUCGUCAUGACGGACGAGCGCACGAAGGAGACGCGCACGAUCCAGCACAUGCAGUAUCUGGCCUGGCCGGACCAUGACGUGCCGGCCGACCCGAACCUGUUCCUUCAGUUCACCGAGCGGGUGCGGUCGGCGCGUGAAACCACGCUGCCGCUCGAGAUCGAGGCCAGCCUGAAGAACGUGAAGCUGCGCAGCGUGGACGAGAAUGGCGGGCUGGACAACUCGGAGCGCCGGAUCGUGCACACGGACAGUGACGACAGCCCGAACGAUAUGCCGUCCUCCACGUCGGUGCAUCAGUAUAUUAGUGCUUCUAAUCCGCCAAUCAUUGUGCACUGUUCGGCCGGAAUUGGCCGGACCGGUGUGCUGAUACUGAUGGACACGGCACUGGCACUGAUGGAGGUACGGGAACCGAUCUAUCCGCUGGACAUUGUGCGAGCGAUGCGCGAUCAGCGACCCUGCAUGGUGCAGAAUGUGAGUCAGUAUCGCUUCGUGUGUGAGUGUAUCUGUGCGGCGUACAUGCAGCAGGCAGCCAAGGAGCAGGAAGCGUCUGCCCCAAAUUCUCCCACGGAAACGCGCAAAGCGACGUCAAAAACGACCCCCACCACUGGCUCACCAACUAAUGCCGCUGCACCAAAGCCCGUGCCGAGCAUAGCGUCGCCGGAGGAAACGAUGCUCGAUACGCCCGCCGACAGCGAACGCAAGGCACCGCUGGCAACGGAAACGACUAGCAUCAGUACGGCCACCGUUUCACCGUCCAAUGGGCACGAGACGGUCGCUUAGAGAAGCCCCACAGCCCCACAGGCUGAAGCUUGGCCUUGAGCGGUUGGCAACCGUUGGAAGAGGAAAAACAAAACGGUAUUAAUUUAUUUCAUCUUCGCAUAUCUCUGUGUUUUUCCCGCCCGACCUCAGCCUCGGAAGGGAGUGCCCGGUAGUGGUUUGGUAAAAACACAAGUACGUUUAGACUCGUAGUGUGUCCCUUCGACUACGGCGCUUCCAGGGGGUCGUGGAGCAGUUGGGGCUCGAGGUUCGUCUUUCUUAGUCUUACACGUUGCGUGCGUAUAUUAUUCGAAUUAUGUAACCUAUCGUGACCUCGUGAUGUUGACAAUUUGGAUCGUGUUCUGCACUGGAAGGCGCCGACACUCACAAAGCAAUAGAGCGAAAGAGAGAGAGAAGGAGAGAGAGAGAGAGAGUGUGCACGCCGUACGCAAACGAACGAAACGAAGUAAUAGAACAAGUUGUGAUUUAAACAGUAUACCGUUCUUGCGACGCUAGAGACGUAAGGAAAAGAAACAGAUCGACCGAACUACAAUAACGUGGAACGUCCGGCGGAGCCGCCGCCGGCGUGUGAAGUGUAGUGCAUCAUCGGCGGUGGUGACACGUGUUAAAGUUGCAGCUGCAGCAUCCCUCUAUCAUCCCAUACGCUAAUGCUUCCGUUUAUGUUUAUGAAAAGAAAAAAAAAAUUCAACAAACAGAACCUUGGAUGGAUAUACACAAUCAAACACACACACUCACUCACACACCAAGCAACCGAUCCGACCGAAGCAAGACUAUUCUGAACGUUUUUUAUAAACUGCACCGAAAGCCUUUUUCGAAUUUAUGUGAGAACAAAUAAUAAUAAUAAUAAUAAUAAUAAUAAUAAUAUUAAUAAUAAUAUUAAUAAUAUUAUAAUCAACAAAUGACGCGAAUCGAGCAAUGCAGCAGAGCUCCAGAGUAUAUGAAUGAAUGAACGAUAGAAGAGGAAGCGAAUAGAGUAGAACACUAUUAGAGCGCACUGCUUUUGGGCAAUGCAUCCCGACCUCUGAACCCUCUUGUCAGGAUUGUGAAUGUGUUAUUUAUAAUCGCUAAGAAAUACAAACAACACACAAAACAAAACAUCAAGUGCAUCGUAAUACGCGAAAACAAAUACCCGUUGGUACAAGAUAGUGUGGCCACACGCGAACAGAGUAGGACCCAAGUGCGUGUUCGACGCAGCGAUUGGUUGGUUAAGCAGCAAAACAAUAAUCGAACAUUAGAGCGGACGCACAAGGGCUGCAGGAGCAGGAGGCAGGAGCAAAAGUAUGUUGGAGUUGAAUUGUGUGAAAUUUUACGAAGAAAACACUCUAUAUGUACACGUGCUGAAGCAGCGUUGUGUUACAGCAGGCUUGUUACAACCCAGAGUUAGUGGUCCGUUGAAAGAAUACAAACGUUUGAGAUUUAUCAAUUAAAUGAGAACGUAUUGAAUGGCGAAGCUGGCAGCAGCAGCAUCAGGGACGGUAUUUUAUUAAGCUAUGCUGAACUUGUUUCGAAACCAAACCUCGGUAGCAGCAGCAGCAGCAUUUUGUGGGCUACAGCCUCUCUUGGUGCGUACCGGAACACAGCAACUUGCAUAGGAGAGUGCUUGCAUAGAGCAAUAAAUGAAUAACAGCAGUCAAUGUUUCAACAGUGGGUGUACGUUUGCUAAGAAAUAGUAUUGAUUAAGCCGUGAGUGGACAAGGAUGCCGGGUAUGAAUCAAUAAAUGAAAUACGCGAUACGCAAUGGAACGAAA